AUACACCUUGUCCCUGCCACGUGUCGCCACCACAAUCAUCUCUCUGAUAGCAUCCACCGUGUGCAUGGAGUAUUGGAUUUCCUUGUUCCAGUUUCACAUAUUCAACACCAAAAACAACCUUAACUUCCACACCCUCUUCAACUGGUCCCGUUUUCAUUCACUCCAUGACAGAUAUGCAACCAUGUUUUUCUCAUCGGUUAUUUGCUUUCUCUCUUUCUACUUCCACAUGUCACUGUCCCUCUUCUUGCUAGAAACUGUGCUACAAGUUACAACCUCUGUGGCCAAAUUUCUUAAGCACAACACGGAGUUUCAUCACUUUCCAACUACCAUCUACUUAUAGCUUCUAUAUAUUCAACCAGUUACAAAAACCAGCUUUUGCCUUAACCAAAAGACAAAAAAAAACAAGUCUUUUUACCUUAGCUCAGAUCAUCUCAUUUUACCUUUCUUGUAAAGUUUGGUGAACCAUGAACAACACUAUUCCAGGUUGGGAUUUUGAGAGUGAUACAUGUUUCACCAACCAGAGAAAACCCACAGGGCUGGACCAUGAACUUGUAGAACUCCUAUGGCAAAAUGGCCAAGUAGUUAUGCACAGCCAAGCAAAUAGGAAGCUACCAGGGAAUUCAUCUAACUUGAGACAGAUGCAGAAAACUACUUUAAGAACCAGUGAGCCGAACUUGGAUCAAGAAGAGGCAGCUCCAUGGAUCCAAUACCCUCUUGAUGACCCUUUAGAACAAGGACUUUGUUCAAACCUUUUAUCUGAGCUACCACCACCUUGUGAAGUUGAAUCUUAUUACAAGCCAAUCAGGGAACUGGAAGAGGAAAAGUUUGCCAAUAUUUUCUCCCCUUCACCUUCACAAGAGAAUCUUAUGUCUGCUCCAGGAUUACAUGUUCCUGAUUCAUCUCAGAAAAUCAAUGACUUUGGUGCAUCACGGAAGGUGCUAAAUUUUCCUCACUUUUCAGCACCCCGCAAUGUUUCUUCACCAUCUCAAAAAACUGCGGUUAACCUCUCACAAAGUGUAGCUAGAGAACACUCGGUGAUCACGGUUGGUUCAAGUCACUGUAGCAGCAACCACAUCCCUCAGGACCAAGGUGUAAACAGGGUUUCAAGCAGUGGUGUUUGGGCCACCACCACUAAUAACACUACUUUAUCUGCUGAGCCUGAUGCUGUAGAUUGUAUCCAGAGACCAGCUCCUAGAAAUGAGAGAGGAAAAUCAGAGAUGAUUGAACCAACUGUGACUUCAUCUUCCGGUGGCUGUGGCAAUACUGGUAUUGGAAGAACUUGUUCUUUAUCAACAAGAGAACAUGGCCGAAAGAGAAAAGGGACAGAAGAAGAAGCACUAGAGGAGCAAAGUGAGGCCACAGAACUUAAAUCAGCAGAUGGAAACAAGAUAUCAUCUCAGCGUUCCAGAAGAAACCGUGCAGCUGAAGUGCAUAAUCUAUCCGAAAGGAGAAGAAGAGAUAGGAUUAACGACAAGAUGAAAGCAUUGCAGCAACUGAUACCAAACAGUAACAAGACAGACAAAGCAUCAAUGUUAGAAGAGGCAAUCGAAUACUUGAAAUCACUUCAGUUUCAGCUUCAGGUAAUGUGCAUGGGGGCUGGAAUGACACCAGUUAUGUUUCCAGGAAUUCAGCACUAUAUGUCACAGAUGCAAUUACCAAAAGUGGGUGAAGCCAUGUCUCUGACUCAACCUCAGAUGCCAAACCAGAAUCAUUUACUGUGCCAAAAUCCACUUCUGGGUGCCUUCAAUUACCAAAAUCUGAUGCAAAAGCCAUGCCUUUCAGAACAAUAUGCACGUUACAUGGGCUACCAUCUCAUGCACAGUGCCUCUCAGCCAAUGAACGCGUUGAGACAUGGUUCUGAAGCAAUGCAACACAGUGAAACAAUGAUUGCAGGAAGCAAUAAUAGCAGCGGACCCAUGAGUGGAACAGCUAAUGUCGAUGAUGCUGUUAGUGGCAAAACUGGUUCUUCCACCUUUAACUGAAUAGUGAAGAACAAUACCUAAAAAUUACCCAAUUGGGGGAAUUAACUAAUGGAGUACAUGAAUCCUAGAAGCACCAAAAUGUGUUCCCAUUUUAUGUAGUUUGAAGAUGAUGCAGGAAUUUAAAGUUAAUUAAUUAGCCAUGUUUAAAUUCUGAUAAAUUAUAUCAUUUUAUUGUGGGCUAGCUAGGUAUGAAAUUAGCUCCUAGGGUUAGGAUCCAUCAGCUUCUGUAAUUUUCUAUUGUUUGAAGAUUGAGAUUAAAGUAAAUUAUUUAAAUUAGUG